UCCAUAAACUUGAGCACUAGAUGGCGGUGAUUCCUCGAGAGGAAGUGAUAGGGAGGUCAGAGAGCGAGUUUACUGCUUGUCCUGAUAACAAGCCGCCUGAGUCAGGACACACCCUGAUUGUGUUCCUUUGUUGUUUGAGAACACCUGCUGAUGCUUCGUCACAGAGCCAUCUGACAUCACUUCCGCAUUGUGUCCCUGUGAGCGUGUUCCGGACACUGAGCAGAACCGAAAGAAAGCCGACAGUGUCAAACACACAGUGAAGAGCGAUGUGAGGAUUCGCUCUCGACAUGAACGCGCUGCGCUGCUUCUCCCUGCUGCUGUCAGUGUCAGUGGCUCUUGGAGAUUUGAGCCGUCCUCAGAAUCUCUCUCUUCAGACUCUCAACACACAGUAUGUUCUGCAUUGGGACUGGGCUGAUGAUCAGCAGACGGCCAUGAAGGGGACGCUUACCUUCACUGCACAGUAUCUCUCGGCAUUUCAAUCCCGUAAGGCGGCUCAUAAGCAGAAAUGGAGGACAGUGUGUGCUGAUGUUUCAGAGCGUCGCUGUGAUUUCACUGAUGCUGGACUGAAUUACUGGGGCAUAUAUUACCUGCGUGUGCGGGCCAACACAGCACAGUGGUUCUCCAGCUGGACCAACAUCAGCUUCUGCCCUGAUAAAGAUGCUGAUUUAGGUCCUCCGUCCAGUGUGAAGCUGACCUCUGUUAAAGGAGAUCUAGAGAUCGUCAUCGCUGACCCUCUGAGCAGCACCAACGAGUCCAUGAAAACGCUGGCUCCCGACAUGCAUUACCUCAUCCAGUACUGGAAGCAGCUUGAAGGCUAUAAGAAGGCUGAAGUCUUAAAGACGAAGAAUAAUGUGGUGACGCUGUCUGAGCUGGACGGAUCAACAUGGUACUGCGUCAGAGUUCAGAGCUGCUGUGACUUCUACAACAAGACAAGCGUCUUCAGUGAUACACACUGCACACGCACUGAAGGACCGACUCCGUACUGGCAGAUAUUUCUGUACUUCCUGUUGUCGCUGGUACUGUGUUUCCUGCUGGUGCUGCUGGUGUGGUUUUGCUUUUACAAGGUGUUGAAGUCCUUAAAGAGCAUCUUCUACCCAAACGUUCAACUCCCGGCUCACAUUCAGGAGCUGUGGGUGUCUGACUCGGAGAAGCCGCACCUGCUCCCUCCUGAAUCUCCCAGUUCUGUCUGUGAAUGUGAACACCUGGACGUGAUCACUCUCUGCGCUUACAUGGACGCAGUCAUGGACGCCCAGAGCCUAAACUCUGAGGAUCAGGACACGAGCGCACCCAGCCGACACGGCAGCGGAGACUCCGGCUUUAACUCCACAGAGGAGGACUUCAGUCGACACGGCGUGAUCACUGACGUACAGACCGACGACGUGUGCAGGACGAACAGAAAGCACGCUGAAGAGCUGCAUGAUGGGACGCUGGAGCUCUGCGCUUAAGACCAGAAACAAACGACAGAGGCAAACAGAUGACUCCGUUUUGUUUGUCUCUGUUCAAACAUUUGUCAUCUUAUUGUAAUGUUGUGACAGCAGCACCGUGUAAAUGCAAAACCUUUGGAAGUUUUAUGGCAUUUCAGCCAUAUUUUCAUUUCUGUAUUUAAACAUGAAGAUUCUUUAUGAUUCUUAUAGAAUCUUAAUUCAUGUUUUGUCCCUCGAUGUCUUUCUUUGUUCGCUUCAAAAGCAGCUGCGUUUAAAAAGAGAGUAAACGUCAGUAUGGCUGUUCUCACACUCAUCUUCACCCAGUGUCACAUUAAAAUGGACUCUAUCAUAUACAGUUGCCUUGUUCUUGUUCAGAUUCUGUAUGUCUGUAUCACUCCAUCAAUGAUGACAGAGAUUUUAUAAAUGGUCUUAUUUUCAGGUUGAUGUUUUUCUGCAUGUGAAGACGGUUGAUUACAAUAAAGGGACAGUUCACCUAAUGGUUUAUAAUAGCGGUGAAUGGGAGGGGGGCGCAUUUUGAAGUAAAAAAUAAUGAUUCCAUACAUUAAAGUAAUCCAUACGACGUACGCAUCGAUUUGCAGUGAAAGAGUGACCUCUGACCUGAUGCAUGAUGCAAUGACGAAUGCAGAAUUGCAGAGGAGAGAGCAAAACAAAACACCGGUCACGAAUUAGAAAUCUGAAACAAGAAUUUUAAAGAGAAAUGUUGGAGGAUUUUGAUAUAAGAGAAGAGGAGCUUGAGUUUUGUUUUCGUCAGAAUCUAGUUAUUUGAAUUUGUAGUUUUAAAUAUUGACAUUUUUCUAACAAAAAUGCAUCGCUUCACUUCAGAAGGCCUUUAUUAACCCCCUGGAGUUGUACAGAUUACUUUUAUUACUAUUUUUUUGGGGCUUCAAAAUGCGGCCCCCCAUUCACUACCAUUAUAAACCUUGGAGGACUAAGGAUAUUUUUAAGUAUA